AUGAGUGGUCAUCCAAAUGGAUGCCAAGCUAAAUUCAGAGAAUUUGUUCCUGAGGCACGAUACUUUCAUUGCGCAAGUCAUCAGUUAAAUCUUGCUCUUACUAAGGCUUGUGCAGUUAAAUUUGUUCAAUGUAUGCUAUCCGAUUUGCAAGCUCUUCAGGUAUUUUUCAAAUACUCCCCUAAGAGACAGCGCUGCCUAGAAACUUGCACUGCCGUGCUUAACCUAGACCGAAAGCAGAACGGGAAAUCGGAGAUAUGUAGCCUGAAGUUAAAGUUGUUGUCUGUAACACGUUGGGUUGGGCGUCAUACCGCCAUUUCUGAUUUCAUCAAGAUAUACGAGGCCAUCAUCUACUGCCUUGAGGUAAUCUGUGGCCGAAGUCCAGUUCCAUCCAUUGAUCAGCAGUCAGAAGCUGCCAUGGCCCACCCAGAAGAAAUCAAUACGUUUGACGCUAAGUCAGUGACGAAGUGUAAUGCGUUCGUUUCUGGCUACUUGAAAGGUCUCAGUGUUCUUCUACAAGGGUCUCACUUGGAUAUCCUCGAGGCCUAUUCAGAGAUUCCCAACACUGUUCAGCUCUUUCAAGAGCACAGGAAAAAAGCUGUGGACACAUUUCGCAACAUGUACGAUUCCAUCUGCUUGAUGACUAGUCUGUUUGGAAGAGACACGCCAGAAAUUCCUCGUUUGGUGGCACGUCAAACUCUUCGAAGCAACCUCUCUGUAUCAAGUCCCGAUUCAUAUUGGCGGGCAUCUGUAUUCAUACCAUUUAUAGAUUCUUUGAUUCCAGAGUUGUGUAGUCGGUUCACUAGUCUCACUCAAAAGACCAUUCAAGCACUUCUCCUUCUCCCAGCCAACAUGAGAAAUUUAAAAGAGGAGAACAUCAUCAACACCUUUAGUGCGUAUGAGUCAGACCUACCUGAUGCUUCAUCCUACUCAGCUGAGAUCAACCGAUGGCGCAAGAAGUGGGACAAUGCGUCCCAGACACCUGAGACUCUCCCAGUUACUUUGAAGGAGACAAUGGAGGCGACAAAUUCCUUGCUGUAUCCAAAUAUAGCGCGAAUUCUACACCUUCUUGCCAUCAUUCCUGUAACAUCAGCUAAUGUCGAACACACUAACUCAGCACUCAAGUUAAUCAAAACGAAUCUCCGAAGCACAAUGUCACAGGCCCGACUGAAUGCUCUGGUUUCGUUGGUCUGCCACCGGUCUGUUUCUUUAAACAUUGAUGCAGUUGUCAAUCGUUUUGCGCAAGCACACCCUAGACUUGCUCCUGAAUCCAGUUAA